GCGAGCCCAGUGCUGAUCGCAUAGGUGCUUCUAGCUAAACAUUAAAAAGAAAUAAGACUAAGAAGGACUAUAAAAUUAAUCUUAAUAAAUUGUGAGCUGCUCUUGAGUGAACUUUUGGUUGGUGCCGCAUGCUCUCGUUGGAAGAAGUCGACAGUUGGAAGGUGGCCCGACCAUGUUGAUAUCGGCGGGCAGCGGCCCCACGCCCGAGUUUUCCCCCGCGUCCUGCUGCGCCUCUUGGAAAAUGGAGCCGGCGCCGCCUGCGCCUGCAGCCUUGUCGCAAACCCUCAACCUAUCGCCCAACGUACCUGUAUCCCCUUCAUCAUCCGGGGGCGGUGCCGGCGGCGGUAGCGGCACCCCCCUCUACCCCGGAGCGGCGUCUCACCCCCUCUCGUCCCUACUGUCUCAGCAGCGGCUCCUGGAGCUCUCCCGGUUUGGCCUGAGGCACUACGACAUCGCCCAUCACGUGCUGUCCCAGCAAGGUGCUGUUACCAAGCUGCUUGGUACUCUUCGACCUCCUGGCCUCAUCGGUGGAAGCAAGCCCAAAGUCGCAACUCCGGCGGUGGUAUCCAAGAUAGAGCAAUACAAGAGGGAAAACCCGACAAUCUUCGCGUGGGAGAUCCGUGAGCGACUCAUCUCAGAAGGUGUCUGCACAAACGCAACAGCACCAAGUGUAUCAUCAAUCAACAGGAUACUAAGAAAUAGGGCGGCUGAAAGGGCGGCCGCAGAAUUUGCAAGAGCGGCGGGCUACGGACUUUACGCCGCGCCACCUCCUUACGGGGCUUUCCCCUGGGCCGGCGGCGGUGGAGUGUGGCCCCCAGGGUCUUUGUCCCUACCUCCAGGGGUCCCGCCUUCUUCAGGAGUCCCUCAUCCUGAUGCAGUGCAACAAGGAUUCUUGUCUUCGGGACGGGGACUUAUAGAUGUCGACGGCGAUGAUUCUGGUUCAUUAGAUGGCGAACAACCAAAGUUUAGACGUAACCGUACAACCUUUAGUCCUGACCAAUUGGAAGAGUUAGAAAAGGAAUUCGAAAAAUCUCACUAUCCAUGUGUGUCGACACGAGAAAGGCUCGCCUCGAAAACAUCUCUGUCGGAAGCGCGAGUUCAGGUUUGGUUUUCCAACAGACGAGCCAAGUGGAGACGCCAUCAGCGCAUGAACCUCCUGAAGCGCGGUGGCGGCUCACCCCCGCACCGCCUCCCUCACUCCCCCUCCCGAUCCCGUUCGCGUUCUAUAUCCCCCGCUCGCGUGCCCUACCACACCCCUCAGAUGGGUGGCGAAAAUAGCGCAUUCAAAGCACUAUCACACCAAGACACAAAUGCACUGAAAGCCCUCUCACACCAAGCACAAUUUGACAGUAACGCCCUGAAGGCUUUAUCUCAGCAGACGUUUGAAGGAGGUGCGUUCAAACCUCACCCGGCGCUAGAGAAUAGUGCCUUUAAAGCGCUCGUACCGCAUUCCGCAGCAGCAGCGUUAUUGGCUGCACAGUCUAUUCAAUUAGCACGAGGAUGCGAGUCACAUUCCGACUCUGACGAAGAAAUAAAUGUUCACGAUGAAAGUGAUGAUGAGAGCGAGAAACAAAAGAGAAAAGCUAGGUCGAUGUCGGCCAGUCCGAACGACCGACGGCAGCCUGCCAGCGAUCUGCCUUUACAACUCACCAAACACGAUCGCUGAUCUAGAACCAUUCUUAUUUAUUUAUUUACAUAAAGUAUUAUAAUCAUUCCUAUUCAAUGUCCAUGUUCCGAAUAAUUAUGUAAAUUAUAUCCUAGAGUGCUAAUACUCCAGUUUGUUUGUAAAUUAAUGUAAAUACGGAUAUAUUUAAAUUGUUAAUGAAUACGAAGAAGAUGAAUGACUAAUAAAUUUAAUGAUGCACAAACAGUUAUGCUUUAUUUAUUUUAUAUCCAAAUUCAUAAAAGUCAAGAUUUAUUGGAAAGACGUCUGAAUCUGCCAAUUCAUAUUUUUAUUACGCAGAAAAGUUUAAUAUCUCUUUUGAAUAAUUAAUGUAUUCAAUAAUAAGGAGAAAGUUUUUACUUUGUAGUAGAAGGGAUUUAGGACGGUCGAAUAUAUUAGUUAAAUUGUAACAUCUUGAGAGUAAACCAAAGUGAUAUACCUAUUCAGCAAAUAAAAGCACGGUUUCAGGAAAUUUAAAGUUCCUAAUCCAUAUUCAGAUGAUUAAUAGGUAUAUAAUAUAAUAAUACUCCAUUGUUUAUCGAUAGAUUUGUGAGAAAUAUUUGUAAGUCUUAAAUGGAACAGUAUUGGUGUCUAGGAUAAAUGAAAUAUUGUUAAAGUUAAUUGUAAUUUUAUGUAAAUAAAUACUGUUAUGAACUCGGAAGCACUGUAAACUAUUUAUUGCUUAAAUAUAAUUUUAUUGUA